AUGCCGUACGUGCUCAGCGACCUGUGUGAAGCUGUUCAUCUGAAAUUGUGUGCCGGCACCGAGAACAAGCUGAGCUCCCUCUCUGACCUGGAGCAGCAGUAUCGGGCCCUGCGCAAGUACUAUGAGAACUGCGAGGUAGUUAUGGGCAACCUGGAAAUCACGAGCAUUGAGCACAACCGAGACCUCUCCUUCCUACGGUCUAUCCGAGAAGUCACGGGCUAUGUUUUGGUGGCUUUGAAUCAGUUUGAAUACCUGCCAUUGGAGAACCUGCGCAUUGUUCGUGGGACCAAACUCUACGAAGAGCGAUACGCUUUGGCGAUAUUUCUUAACUACAGAAAGGAUGGUAAUUUUGGACUCAGGGAACUUGGCUUGAAGAACUUGACAGAAAUACUGAAUGGAGGCGUGUACGUUGGCCAGAACAAAUUUCUUUGCUUCGCGGACACCAUUCAUUGGCAGGACAUCGUGCGUAACCCUUGGGCCUCCAACUUCACUUUGGUUCCAACGAAUGGCAGCUCAGGAUGUGGUCGAUGCCACAAGUCCUGCACAGGCCGGUGCUGGGGACCCACAGAGAAUCACUGCCAGACCUUGACGAAGACGGUGUGUGCGGAGCAGUGUGAUGGACGGUGCUACGGGCCCUACGUCAGCGACUGCUGCCACCGGGAAUGCGCUGGGGGCUGUUCUGGACCUAAAGACACCGAUUGCUUUGCCUGUAUGAAUUUCAACGAUAGUGGUGCCUGUGUCACGCAGUGCCCCCAGACUUUUGUAUACAAUCCUACCACCUUCCAGCUGGAGCAUAAUCACAAUGCCAAAUACACCUAUGGGGCUUUUUGUGUCAAAAAGUGCCCACACAACUUUGUGGUAGAUUCCAGCUCUUGUGUCCGUGCGUGUCCGAGCUCCAAGAUGGAGGUUGAAGAAAAUGGUAUUAAGAUGUGCAAGCCCUGCACUGACAUCUGUCCUAAAGCAUGUGAUGGCAUUGGAACAGGGAGUUUAGUGUCAGCUCAGACGGUGGAUUCCAGCAACAUUGACAAGUUCAUAAACUGCACCAAGAUCAAUGGCAACCUUAUCUUCCUUGUUACUGGGAUUCAUGGAGACCCGUAUCACACAAUCGCCGCAAUCAAUCCAGAGAAAUUAAAUAUCUUCCAAACAGUGAGAGAGAUAACAGGGUAUUUGAACAUACAGUCGUGGCCUGAGAAUAUGACAGAUUUCAGGGUGUUUUCUAACUUGGUUACAAUCGGUGGAAGAGCUCUCUAUAGUGGCCUUUCCUUACUCAUCCUGAAGCAACAAGGCAUUACCUCCCUGCAGUUUCAGUCCUUGAAGCAAAUCAGUGCUGGCAACAUCUACAUAACAGACAACAGCAAUUUGUGCUACUACCACACUGUUAACUGGACCAGCCUCUUCAGCACACCCAGUCAAAAGACGGUGAUUCAUCGAAAUAAAAAGGCAGAGAACUGCACUGCUGAUGGAAUGGUGUGUAAUGAGUUAUGCUCAAGUGAUGGCUGUUGGGGGCCAGGGCCAGACCAGUGUCUCUCCUGCAAGCGCUUCAUCAGGGGAAGGACCUGCAUAGACUCUUGUAACCUGUACGACGGGGAAUUUCGAGAAUUUGCAAAUGGAUCUGUCUGUGUGGAGUGUGAUCCCCAGUGUGAAAAGAUGGAAGAAAACAUGAUCACGUGCUACGGGCCGGGACCUGACCAUUGCACAAAGUGUUUCCAUUUUAAGGAUGGUCCAAAUUGUGUGGAAAAAUGUCCUGAUGGCUUACAGGGGGCCAACAGCUUCAUUUUCAAAUACGCUGAUGAGGAUCGUGAGUGCCAUCCGUGUCAUCCAAACUGCACGCAAGGGUGCAUAGGGCCACGUCUCGAGGACUGCAUCGGCCUGAUGGAUAGAACCCCUCUGAUUGCUGCGGGAGUUAUUGGUGGCCUCUUCAUCAUCGUCAUCGUGGGCCUGACUUUUGCUGUGUAUGUUCGGCGCAAAAGCAUUAAGAAGAAGAGAGCGUUGCGAAGGUUCCUGGAAACUGAGCUUGUGGAACCCUUGACUCCAAGUGGCACAGCACCCAACCAAGCACAGCUUCGUAUCCUGAAGGAAACUGAGCUGAAAAGAGUCAAGGUUCUUGGCUCUGGAGCCUUUGGAACUGUAUACAAGGGCAUUUGGGUCCCUGAGGGAGAAACUGUGAAGAUCCCUGUGGCCAUUAAGAUCCUUAAUGAGACCACUGGUCCGAAAGCCAAUGUGGAGUUCAUGGAUGAAGCUCUUAUCAUGGCCAGCAUGGACCACCCGCACCUGGUGAGACUCCUGGGUGUCUGCUUGAGCCCAACCAUUCAACUGGUCACUCAGCUGAUGCCUCACGGCUGCCUGCUGGAUUAUGUUCAUGAACAUAAGGAUAAUAUUGGCUCCCAGCUUCUGCUAAACUGGUGUGUCCAAAUAGCUAAGGGAAUGAUGUACCUAGAAGAGAGAAGACUCGUCCACCGGGAUUUGGCAGCCCGUAAUGUGCUGGUGAAAUCACCAAACCAUGUGAAGAUCACUGACUUUGGAUUGGCCAGACUUUUGGAAGGGGAUGAGAAGGAAUAUAAUGCUGAUGGAGGGAAGAUGCCAAUUAAGUGGAUGGCUCUGGAGUGUAUACACUACAGGAAAUUUACCCAUCAGAGUGACGUUUGGAGCUAUGGAGUCACAAUAUGGGAACUUAUGACCUUUGGUGGGAAGCCGUACGAUGGAAUCCCAACUCGAGAGAUCCCCGACCUCUUGGAGAAAGGAGAGCGGUUGCCCCAGCCUCCCAUCUGCACUAUUGAUGUUUAUAUGGUGAUGGUGAAGUGCUGGAUGAUUGAUGCUGACAGUCGGCCUAAAUUCAAGGAGCUAGCUGCUGAAUUCUCUAGAAUGGCUCGAGACCCUCAGAGAUACCUGGUAAUUCAAGGAGAUGAUCGUAUGAAGCUCCCAAGUCCAAACGACAGCAAGUUCUUCCAAAACCUUCUUGAUGAGGAAGACCUGGAAGAUAUGAUGGAUGCUGAAGAGUAUCUUGUUCCUCAAGCCUUCAACAUCCCUCCUCCCAUCUACACCUCCAGGACAAGAAUUGAUUCCAACAGGGUCAUGAUGUCGAAAUUUCCUUGCACGCCCUUGCUGACAAGCAAAAUGAACCAGUUUGUGUACAGAGAUGGUGGCUACGCUGCAGAAGUGCCCAUGCCCUACAGAGCUCCUGGCUGCAUAAUACCAGAGGCCCCAGUCGCUCAAGGGGCUACAGCAGAGAUCUUUGAAGACACUUGCUGUAACGGCACACUACGAAAACAAGUGGCAACCCUGGCAAAAGAGGACAGCAGCACCCAGAGGUACAGCGCUGACCCCACCGUCUUCAUACCUGAGCGGGUUGUCCGGGGAGAGCUGGAUGAGGACGGGUACAUGACACCAAUGCGAGACAAACCGAAAACAGAUUACCUAAACCCAGUGGAAGAGAACCCAUUUGUCUCCCGACGAAAGAAUGGAGAUCUCCAAGCUGUGGACAACCCAGAGUAUCACAAUGCUCCAAACGGGCAGCCCAAAGCCGAGGAUGAGUACGUGAACGAGCCAUUGUACCUCAACACUUUUGCAAACACCUUGGAAAAUGCCGAGUACCUGAAGAACAACUUGCCAGAGAAAGCCAAGAAGGCCUUUGACAACCCAGACUACUGGAAUCACAGCCUGCCCCCACGAAGCACCCUCCAGCACCCGGACUACCUGCAAGAGUACAGCACAAAAUACUUUUACAAACAGAAUGGACGGAUCCGGCCCAUUGUGGCAGAGAAUCCUGAAUACCUCUCCGAGUUCUCCCUGAAGCCUGGCACUGUGCUGCCCCCGCCGCCCUACAGACACCGAAACACAGUGGUGUAGUGACCGCGGUCUUACAAAGUGGAAAGGCAACCCCUUCUAGCUGCCUCACUCCUCGCGCUCUCCUCCUCUCUCUCCCUCCCUCCCUCCCUCCCUUUUCAUUCUCCCAUGAGCUUCCUCUUCUUGCCAGUUCACUCAUUUUUGCUGUUUCCAAGUGAAAGGAUGUCUUGGAGUCGCUUGCAGUCCUUGCAGGUUGGCAGAACCUGGAAGGAAGGAAGGAAGGAGACGGAAAGAAGGCGUGUACAACCUGGCGUUCCUCACUUUCCGCAGAUGUAGGGGGUCGGACAGUCAGAGAAGCCAGUGAGUACCAGUAAAGGCCAGUGGCAGUGUUGCCUGCUGUCGAGCUAGUUCGCAGCGAUUCAACUCAGACACUUGUAGGGAAAGCCACAGAGAGGCUGUUUCUUGCAGCAGGAGCUGAGGAGAGUCUGUACAGCAUUCCUGGAAAUCUCAAUGCAGUUUCCAUUAGGGGGAAAAAUGGACAAUUUUUAUAUCAUGUGUGAUAGCAUAGUAAUUGAGAUUGAGAAUCCAAUUUCUUUCUCUAACACUUUCUAUCCCAGCAACUGAAAAUGGCUAACCUGGCUUUUCAUAAUCGUUCAGAUCUUCAUCGUGGCUUUCCAAGAAAUGAUGAUGUGACUUUAAUAUACGGCUAAACCCUUUUUCUGAGCCACACCAUGAUUUUUGUGCCAAUUCCUUACCACAGAGACUCCAGCUCAGAACUGGUACAUGACAUGACCAUUUUUGUAUACAUGCCAACAUGACAAACACUUCAAUCACAAAAACCCUUUCAGAAGAGAGUAACAAAACCACACCUCCAACAUCUUGUUUUUGAAGCCAAAAGACAGGCCAAGAAACCAAGAUUUGUAGGUAAAAAGCUUUGCUUUCCUGUUUUAUACCUGCUGACUAAAGAUAUAAAAAGACCCAAACAAAUUCUUCCCUCUUUUUCUUCUUCAUGAUCAUGAAGGGAGUUGAGGAUGCUGUCAGGCAACACUGAGGACGAGAUGGAGAACCGGAGAGUUUGGUGUGGGUCACGAAGUCUCCUGGUGCUCUGUGGGGUGGUGGUGGGAAGGGUCCUUUUAAACUGGAAGACAGACACUGGACUGGAGAAAACGCACAUAGCGGUUCACUGGAAAGUUAGUUUGCACUUAAGCUCAAAUUUUAUUUGAACUGUUUUCUGGAUUUUGAAUGAAGCAAUAUGGAAGUGACCAGCAAAAUACAAAUAAUAAUUUUAAAUUAAAAAAAAAAAAAAAAAAAAUUAUAUGUAAAGGAUGACUGUGGAAAUGCCAAAAUGAAGCAAAUCAAGUCUUUGGAACAAUGUCUACCAGUUCUGACAGGCCAUUGCAUUGACUGCUUCAGAGAAUACAGUGACAGAGCAACCAGCUCUUACUGCUGCCACGUGAAGGACAGCAGAGCAAGCCCUGAAUGGGAUCGGAGGAGACAAGUGUCUUGCUCUGGCUUGAAGCACAGGAUGGAAUACUUUUUUCUAAAAGGAGGAUUACUCUGGCACAGAAGCCGGUGCCUGUGAGGUUUGAGAAGUCACAAUGUGCAUGACUCGCAGAGCUUUCAGUCAAAAUUGUAAAUAAACCAGUCUCCUUGCACUUAGUUCUGCUUUCAUCAACCUCGAUUUUUAGGUAGACACCCCACUGCCCACCCCCUGGCCUGCUCCUCUUUGGAAAUACCUUUCAGCCAGAGUUCUGGACGUUUUUAGCAACCUGAGGCAGAUGUGUAAGACCCAUAUGUAUAAGAGCAUUUGUAUACCUAGUUCUCACCGAAAAUCUUAAGGAACUAUUAAGUACCUUUGAAGAUCUGCCUAUGUCUCUAUCCAUCAAGGCUUUUAUAAAGGGGAAGAAACAAUACCCAAUGGAUGGCAAUCUUAGGUGAUACAACAGUAUUUCAGUUUAUGCGCUUCAGUCCUGUUAAAGUCGAGAUCUUUGGGGUGACCUAACCUGGCAAUGAAAUCAGCAACACCCAGCAUUCUGGAAAUGGCAUCGAGCUCCUCCAGAAUCCUGCCAUCUGAACAGCUUGCCACCUUUAAGCAGAGGAAGGAGUAAGAAACGAGCAGUAGUUAACCCAGAUCUUGAUGGCUGAGGGUGAGCUUGACAAAGGUAUGAAGGGAUUUCAAAUCUGGGUUGGUUGCAGGUGGGAAACAAAUUGUGGGUGAUCACUAGGUCAGAGUUGGUUCAGCUGACAGCCUGCUUCUGCAUCAGGUGUGUUCAGGGCAGCUUGAACCAGCCGCGGGGCAGAUAUUAAACCCGUAAGCUGAGUAUGUAGCUGAAGAGUCUGAAAACAGCAAGAUCAAGUACAUAUCUUUGAAGCUGUUAAAAAGAGAUGUCGGGUCAAGUGGUACCAAGGUGAUCCGUGCUGGCUGCAUAAAGUGACCAGCAGACCACUAAAGUGGGAUAGAUGGUUACAAAAAGUCAUGCAUCUGAGAGGCCUUGUGUCUUCCUGGUGUCCUCCCGUAACUCAUCAUCUCGGCAGGAGACAGAAGUGGGCAUUGGGCAGGGGCAAGGGACAUAGUGGGGUGGGCUGAGAUCCUGGAGACCCCAUUCUGGGGAAGGUUUGCUGGUGGUGGUGCUCACAGGGUGUCAUUUGAAGCACAGAUAAAGGUCUGCCAGGUCGGGAUGCAAUUGCCAAGCUGCCUGGGGACAAAGACCAGCAGAGGAUUGUGGAUGUCCUGAUCCAGUGCAGGCACAGCCCAGGUCACGUAGGUAGGUGGUGAAAAAAAAAGGUUGAUUUGUCCCUGAAUGGAAUUUUGUAACAGAGUAACUCCUAAUGGAGAAAAAAAAUAAAAUCCUGGUACAGAGAGGUGGGCUCAAGGGCUGCUGGGGCAGAAACAGGCACCCCUCCAGCCCCGGGGGGGGACACUGGGAUGUAGCUGCUAAUGGAAGGUGAGGCCUGUUUCUGUCUCUGGUAAUGAAGUAGUACCAGUGUGGGAAGUAAGCCUGUCAAGUAAUCAAAAUGUAAAUAAUUGUGGUUUUUAACAAUUUAACAUUUGAUUUAUUACAAAACUUGAAUUAUUUAUUGAUUUUGUUGACUGUGGGUGUGAUACAAUAUGUUAAGUAGCGUAGAAAUGCAGAGGUUCCUUGAAGUGGGGCAGAAGGGAAGGUCCCUCACGCUGGGGCUGCCACACGUGGGCAGGUGGGGGCCGUGCUUGUCAUGUCUUGGAUAGCAGAGGGAUGGCAAACCAAGGGUUAACGAACACAGUAAUUCGUGAUGAUGGAAAACUCAACAGACUACAGCCUCACAAAUAGGGUUUGGGUUUUUGGGGGGUUUUUUGGGGGUUGUUUUGUUGUUGUUUUUUUUUCCCCUGAGCUUCUGGUUUGAGUUGCAGUCGCCCCAGAAGUGGUCUUUCCAAGAGCAGAUGUGUUUGGUUGCUUUAAUCUGCUCAGCCAGCCCGAACCCGCGAGGUUGCCUCGGUGGGUAGAGCUGCUGGCCUGGGGACAGGAAGGCGGGCACACGUGCGUGGCAAAAUCACAGCAAAUGUUCAACUUGAUUCCGUUGUGGAAAUGUACGAGGGUCAGGCUUUUAAAUGAAUAAUCACAGGUUUGGGGAAAAAGCAGGUAUUUCCACACAAACUGCAUUUUGUCAGCACAAAGCAGCAGGUGAGAGCAUCAGCAGAGGUAUUUUGGCUGGGUGUAGUUCAUUCUCUAGUUGCACACUGGUGUCUGUAGGCAGCGCUGGCAGGUUUUAUGGAUUUUUAUAAUGUGGUCUCCUGUUUGUAAAUGUUUUGCUUUCCCUUAUCACAGCCUGUGCCACUUGUCAAGAGCAGGUACCCGAGCGCGUGUCAGCCACUGUCCAAGGCACAAAGCAACGCGCUAAAUGACAGAGAACAACAGCUUAUUUUUCCCUAAUCUCUUUCGGUGAGACUUGGUUUAGAUGUUAUUACCCACCUGAAGGUUAUUUCAAACAGAUGUGGAUGCUGGGUCUGAUUGACUUCCUGUAACAUAAUUGACCGAAACCAACUACUUUUUAAGUUUCAGCUCUUUUCAGAUCAUUCUUUUUCUGCAAAAUAGCCGGGAGGGGUUCUUACACGGCCGUUUGCUGAGAUGUAGCAGAGUAUUUACACCUUGCUUUCCAACAGGUCAUCCAACAGGUAGCAGCAGUGGGAAUAAAUCCCAGCACGUGUCACCAGGAGGCUCAGCCCAGAAACCCUUCCCGUUGUACAGGGAAGGCUGCCUGAACCCUAGUUUGUACCACUUUUUAAUCGGUAGAAAAUGCAUUUCUUGGCUGCAGGAAUUGUAUGCAAUGAUCUGCCUUCAUUUAUUUCUGGGAGUUGGAAUUUUUAAGGUCUCUUAUAACCCUCUUUUAUGAUUAAUGGGAAAAUACUUUCCCUUCCCAUCCCGCCGGCUGUGUUUGAAGGGCAGCUGGGGCAGGGCACUGUCCACGUGCCACCCCUCCGAUACCUGUUUGCACUAAAGAUUUGAGAGGGAGCUACAGGGGUACCUUUGCCCCCACCCUCAGCCACUGCUAAUCCCAGCCCAGAAGCAGGCAAUAAGGUACCUCGGAAAGACCAGCUUGGCCCUGACUCCCUGUGGAUCAGUUCUUUCCACAGCUCGAGAGCGAGCGGGACAGCACAGGUGAAAAGCACUAGAUGAGGUGAGUCAACCUAGAAAUAUUACUUGGGGUUGGGUGAAGGGAGGGGUGGGGCAUUGAGGAUAGCCCUGUAUGGCACAUUCAUAUAUUAAAGAAAAAAAAUUUGUCGUCUUUUUUUUUCUGGUGGGGUGUCUGUGUGGGUGUCCUGCAUCAUGGUGGCAACUGAAGGAAUGAAGGGAUUAUUUGGGCUCCUUUAUACCACCCAGGAGAUGAGGAGGCUUCGGCCCGACUCAGAAUUGGGCUGUUGGUCAUGUAAUCCCACGGGGUAACUGAAGGCAUCUCAGGGGGAGCCCUGUGCACCCUGUGCCUGCCGACCCUUUCAGGGGGGGCACUGACAGGAAGGGGACUGACAGCGGGGGCAUCGCAUCGCUCACUUGUUGGGAUGGAGUUUUACCCUCACUUUGCACCACUUUUCCCAGUCACAUUUUGGAACUAUUGAGCUCAGGUAGGUGUUCACCUGCUCUGAAGGUGGUUUAGCUUCAGGGUGGCUGGUGGGACAGAGGCUUUAUCAUGAACCAGAGCCCACCCUCAGGUUAUUAGUCACCUCUGGCUCUUAAAGAGCACCUCAAAGGAAGCAGGAUGGCCUCGAGUUCCCUUCAGCAACCACUUUUUAAAAGGUGGUGGUACAUGAAGACUAUUCAUUUCUAGCUCUGUCACUUGCGAUAUUCUCCUUCCCGUGGAUCUUAGACCUCUGCUGCUGACACAUCAGCUCGUCUGUUGUUAUAGAAAAACCUUGGAUUUGGGUUCAGAUUUUUUUAGACAGCCAGGGCUGUGUGGGGUGGGGUUGGUUGGCUGUAAUACUCAUGCUCCAUCCCGUGCAAGGAGCCACGGGGCAGCCUCUGUGCAGCGUCGCUGUGUUUGCAGGAUUCCCUCUCUCGCCGAGUGUUACGCAGGUACAAAAGGUCAGUUACAAAUGGGGCUUUCAAAUUGGGAAUAAAUAACAGAAAUACAGGUUCCAUGGUUGUAAACACAACCCUAAAAUGUCCAAAAAUCACUUGUCGUCUCCGUCUUUGUUUUAACUUUAUUUUAGCACAGGGUUGUGUUCCUGUACCGUUGUGUGGAUGAGUACGUUGUAACGCUGGUAGGCUUGUUGCUCUUGGGGAAGUUUUGGGGGGGUGAGGCUGUUGUCGGUGGUGCCGCACUGGUGGCUGCGCUCUGUUGUAGGUGUUGGAUGUUGCAGAGCACCUUUUGGGGGGACACUUGUGGGCGUUGAGGUCUGACUGGUGGGGGUGGGACUUGCUGGAACUGCAGGCAGGUGCAUCUCUUGACCAGCCUGAAGAGGUGCUUCCACCCAGGGCAUCCUCCAGCUGGGGGUCUGUGCCCACAGACCAGGAGAAGGUGUGAAGGGGAAACCCAGGGAUCUUCUCCCAAUUAGGAAACACUAAGAGUCAGAACUGUUUAUUUUUUCGUGGUUUUAUUACUUAAUUUUGAGAGAGAGCUGUGUGGACCUUGGCAGAGAGGGGCUUGAAGGGGGCUUACAGAUGCCUACCAUCUGUAAGGUGUUAGGCAGCGUUGAGUAAUUAUAUCCCAGUCCUUCUCCCCACCCCACCCCCCAAUAAAAAAAGCCAUGAAAUCGUGCCCCACAGGUGUCGUGGAUGAAACCACCAGGGCCAGGGUGCAUCCCGCACAGCCCCCUCCCGCUGAGGGCUGUGUCGUGGCCAGGGGGGCACACGUACACCCAGCCCUUUGCCAGCCCUUGGGUCCCAACCUCUGAGGCCUCGUAGGGAGAAAACACUGUAUUGUCCAUAGCACUCCGAAGACUAAACCCUUUUGGGAUAACCACAGUAAUAAACUGUGAAUGGUAUUUUAUAAGUAAGUGUAGAUACGUAUGCCGUUCUUUUGAGGUAAGGUACUAUGACAUAUGUAGCAUAAACUGGUACUGCUGUUAAAUGGGUCGAUUAUUAACUGAGCAGCUGUGUAAGGGGCAGCUAACUUUGAAUGCACUAACCCACUGGUCCUUUGGAGAGGGGCACUGAAGGUAGUUGCUGGGUACUUGUCUUUUUAUGGUGGGGUAUGUUAAGAGGAAAAUGCAGAUCAGUCAAAACACAUUUUUUUUUUAAAUAGCAUUUUAAUGUUGGAAAUUGGUACGUACUCGAUACAUUUUUCACUAUGGUUUUAAUCCUUUUUUAUUUGGCCAGUUUUUGCAAUUACCCCAACACUGUAAGCUGGAAUUCCUGAAGAGGGAGCAGCCCUUGUGUAGGGUGGGGAAAAUGCAGUCUCUUUCUGAAAACAGAGAUAUCCAAAAUGCAUUUCCUGACCGGGCAGUCUUGAGCUAUUGACUUCUUUUCUUGAUGAAAUGACAUCACUGUCCCCUCAAAAAUCAAAGGCCAAGCCCCACCUGGGAGGUGAUGUAGGAGCAGCACCGAGCUCUUGGAUGACACUGAGCUGGUGGCCUUGGGUGGGUGGCUGCCUCCAUGGGCCAUGCCAUGGCCCAGGGGAACCAGCCCGACCCCCUGCCGGGGGUGGGUGAGAGGCAGAGAUGGGAGGGUCUGGGUUUAUGCCAGUUCUCCCUGUUCUUCAAGUGCAGAGAGACAAACCAACAACACUUCUGCCUUAGGAAGUACCUUCAGAAGAAGAGAAGCAUCAGGGUGUUGGGGAAGAGACUCAUUUCUUGCAAAGUGAUGCAUUCAGAGUUAGCUGCCUUUCUGAAACAAACAAACAAAAAAAAAAAUACAAAAACUACUGUAUGUUACUUUGAAAAUGUGAAUAGUAUUUUUAUAGCUUGUUAAAGACACAGCUAGUUGCAUUUGUAAAUAAGGAUAAUGUUGCUUUUAUUUUCCUCGUGGACACCAUUAUUUGGAACAUAAUUGUCCUUAGGGUUGAUUUGUAUAUAGGUAAUUUGCUUGUGAUUUAAGCCGCUCCUCCCCUUUUCUUUCUCUCCCUUCCCACCCUCCGGUUUUGGUUAGAAGUCCCAUUUUUGGCAUUCUGUGUGAUUCUGUGUUCUAGCACUAUCGUGGUGUGUUCAGACUUUCUGCACUUGCUUACACAGUAGGGUAUGCGAUUGCGUGUGGCGUAACGUUCCUUUAACCUUGAGUUUCUCAUAUUUUAGCUACCGAGGAUUAUGCACUGUUAAGAUACUGACCUGGGUUAAUAUUAGCUACAUAUUUGAGCAUAAUUUCCCUUCUUUUCACGGUUUCUCGGUUCUGUUUUCUCUUCCUCCCUCCCCGCGUGUCUGGUUCGGAGCCGGGGAGGACCCUGUGGCUCCUCUCUCUCUGUGGUUCCCUUUCCCGCCCCCGGCGGCCCCGGGGCGGCGCUUUCUCUGUCUGUCGAGGCGACACCCGGCCCCUCCCCGCGCCCGCUCCGCCCCUGGAAACGGUCUGCCUUUUGUUACAUGAAUCUGUCAGAAAUAUAUUUUUAAUUUAAUAUAAAUGAAAUUCAAUAAAAUAUGAAACAAA